GUUACGGUAAAAGCGCAGUGUAUCUGAAAAUGGCGGCGAUGCCAGAGAUGCGCUCGGGUUUGGGAAAAUGAAGCGGAGAAGAAGCUUUUUCUUUCAGUAAACUGCUGUGAUUGCUACAAAGAGGGAGGCGGUUUGCGUUCAAAUUGAAGUGGUAGGGUUGUCAACUGUCGGUCUCCAAAGGCCCAGAAAUGAUGAAGCUGAAGUCGAAUCAGACGCGGACUUACGACGGAGAGGGUUAUAAAAAGCGGGCCGCCUGUCUCUGCUUCAAGAGUGAAAGCGAGGAGGAGGUUUUACUGGUGAGCAGCAGCCGUCACCCUGAUAGGUGGAUUGUGCCUGGAGGAGGGAUGGAGCCGAACGAGGAGCCCAAUGUCGCCGCUACGCGGGAGGUGUGUGAGGAGGCUGGUGUGAAAGGCACAUUGGGAAGAUUAGUAGGUGUGUUUGAGAACCGUGACAGAAAACAUAGAACUUAUGUUUACGUCCUUAUUGUAACUGAGGUUCUGGAGAACUGGGAAGACUCUGUAACUAUUGGUAAGUUUUCCCAGAAGACCCAAGGAAGAAAAAGGGAAUGGUUCAAAAUAGAGGAUGCCAUUAAAGCCCUGCAGUUUCACAAGCCAGUUCAAGCCUCGUACUUUGAAUCUUUCCAGCAGAGCUGCCUCACCAGUAAUGGGACACCCUUGGUGGCAGCAUUAUCCGGCGACUGUAACCCCAGCUACAGCAUUAACCAGAGCUCUGUCUCUGGUAUCAGAUAACUAAUACAUAAACUUCUCUUGCUUAUUUUCAUUACCUCCCACCCCCCAAUCCCCACUCCCUAACAGUUAAGUGCCAACCAGGCAAAAGUUAAAAGAAAAAAAAAAAACCCUGAAAGAAUGAAACUUGUGUUAACUUUUAAUUGUACUUUAUUAUUUGCUAUUGCAUGAGCGAUUUUUCAUUCACUUGGUUCCAUGAAUUUAUUGGCAGUUACAAAAUGUAAUUGCUUUCUACUCUUCUAAUGUACAAAGUACUUUGGGUCUGAGCUUUGAGAGAGAAAAAAAAACACAUUUUUCAUUAUUUUUUUAUCCUCAUCCAGAUAAUCUGUUUUGGGGGUUUCAAAAGUUGUAUGUAAGGAGUAGUGAGGGACUUUUGUUGCUCGUCAUGUUUGCAGCCAUUCGCUUUGUAAAUCACAAAAUUUGGAUUGCUGAUUGUUUCAAUACAGAUACUGCACUUGUUUUCCCAAUUGUUUCUAUAUAGAUAGUGCACUUACACCUCUCACUCAUCUGUGUAUCUCUCUUUCUCUCUCUCACCAUCGUGACAUAGCGGACUUGUUUGCCAUGUGUGAAUUUUCUCUCUCAUACUCCUCUGUAGCCAUCAGGAGUCCAUCAUAAGCAGCAUAUAGUAUGUUCAGACCCCCACUCUCCCCCCAUCUUCAUUUAAAAUAGUGCCAUCCUUGUGCCUGCUCUGAGAGAAAACCCAAUGAUUAUUAAUACUGUUAACUUCUUUAUCUAUAAACAAGAGAAUGGGACUGGGACAGAGAAUCUUAAGGUAAAGCUAUCUGGCUUGGCAGGGGCAGUCGUGGUCCAAAUAUGUGAAUGUUUUCAAAAUCUUGCUCUCCUCAUAAAACUUGGUCCACAUUGAACGUUUCUGCCUUCUCAUGUUAAAAUGCUGCAGUUAUAGUGAACAGUUGUUUACAAAAUUUGUAUUUUGAUUGUGAAACAAAGUGGCAUUUUUCUUUGGGGCAGAUACACAUUUUUAUCAGUACUGAAUAUGUUUAUUGAAUAUUUGCAUUUUGUGAUUUCCAUUUUAUGACAUUUUUAGUUUUGUGGAAAUUUCACUAAGUGAUGAAGGUGGCAAGCUUACAAGUUGGUCAUAGAAAAUAUUCUGACGAACAAAUCGGCACUGGCGUCUUAUCAGUAUUGAUCUCUCCCUGCCAAUUGGAACACCCUGUGAGAAUCAUCAAGUAUUUUUUAUUGUAAUUUUUUUAACCUCCUAAUGAACACUAGACUGUAUGUAGGCAGUGAUGUUGGGAGGCUUUUGUAGGUCUUAUCUAUACCUGAUACAUAGGGUACCCUUUCUGUCUGUCUGCCUCUCAUCAUUUCACUUAAUUUUUCUUAAAGUUUCUUUGCACAGCAAUCAACUUUGCAAGAAAUAACGUGUAUAUAUAUUUUUUCUAGUAUAUGAAACAAAAACACUGUACAGUUGAAACUUUGUUUUGCUUUAUUUUUAAGCUAAGGACGACCCAAUUAUUUAAUUUAAUUUUUCUAAAAAAAAAAAUUAAAUAAAAAAAAAAAAUCUGUUAAAUUAUUGAAGCCAACACUGCAUCAUUUGCCAUGAUGGGCAUGCAGCAUAUUGGCUUGAAACUGUGAAACUUGAGUGUCUGGAGGUUAUAAAUGCGUUUUGCAUUUAAUAUAGAUUGUCACUUUACAUUUUAUUUUUGGGAUGGGAGGGGCACCGGGAAUUUUUUUUUUAAUAUUAUGUAGAUAGACUGUGGUACUUUUUGACUCAUUAUUAAAAAAAAAAAAAGCUGUAUUAUAUUCUUCAGCUGAGUUCAUGAUGAUUGUAACAAUAUUAAUGCGUGUUUUAUUAUUAUUGUUCUUGUUACUUUUGCAACGUCCCUAGGCAACCUGUUUGAUAUGUGCGCUCAGCCUGCAUGUAUGUAGCAUAGUCUGCUUUGUCUUAUUUCUGCAUCUCAUUUUUCUCUGCAUUCUUUACUGCCAUCGUUUUUCCUCCUUAGUAUCACUUGUUCCAUAUUCUUAUAUUUUACCAGACAUAAAAUUCUAAAAAAGGCGUGACUCAUCAAAAUCUAAUUUUUUGAAACCAACAUUUUCAUAUUGAUAAAGUUUUCUUAAUUAGGUUUAGAAACUAACAUUUUCAUACUGAUAGUUUUAUUAAUCAAGUUUAAUGAUAUCAGCCUUGCAUCAAUUUUCUUUCUUUCAAUUGCUGCCUUAAGUUCCACUUAAUCUGUUUCUUCCAUUCUCUUCAAAACAUGCACAGAUCACAUUUUCUUAUAGCAUAUUUUCUUAUCUCUUUUGAUAAUCUGCUUUUUUUCCUUGCGUGAAAUGUGCACCUCUGUCUGCACUGAAAAGCCCAAAAGGGUGAUGGUUUUUCGGGAUUUUAUUUCUCUAUAUAAUUGUCUUGAAAGUCAUUUGAAUGUAGGAUGUGUUCAGCCGCUUUCUGAGUGGUCCGUGUAUAGUGAAUUCAGCAUUUUCUUGCUUUAACUUACUGCCUUUUUUGUGCUAGGGCUGGGGCAGUUGUGUUUUGACAACCACUAUUCCUAAAUGGACCGCAUUAUGUACAACCCUUCUGUCAGGACCUUAAUUUGAGCUCAGAAAUUUCUUUGAAAAGAUGAAACACUUUUUUGUGAAAAGGAUCGUCUCAUUGAAUGGAUAGUUGCUAAACUGGGCAAUCUGUAUCAGCUAAUUUAAUGGACAAUUAAUUCAACUGAAUAAGAUCUUUAAUGUUGGAAUACACCGCAGUUUAAUCUGAAUGCUCUGUUAUUUAAUACCUCAUCACAGAAUUAUGUGUUCAGUAUAGCCAUGCAGAUAAUAUACAUACUGUUGCUUUGAAAUACAUGUGUUCUGAAUCAUGGUUAUUAGUCCAUGUGCAGUCUGCACAUCAGAGACUAUAGGGCGCCUCGCAGGAAAAUACAAGCUACACCUAGAGAGAUGUUGAUGGGUGUUUCAUAUUUAAAUUACCAAUGAAUGUACAUGAACAUAUUCCACUAGCAGCUCAGUGUCUUUUUGUGUUUGCCAAGCAUAGUAUAUUUGGGAUUUCAGUUCCUUCAACCAGUUCAGUCAGUAUGGCAUAUUCUCCUGGUGGCCCCAGAUGUUUAGUUCCUACUUUAUCAAUAUGUAAAUAUUUAUAGAAUAUUCAGUAAACAAAAAUGGACAUUGUCUCAGCCCUUGUGUGUAUAUGUUUUGUACGUGCGUGUGCCUAUAUCUGUAGACUUUCUUUCAUUCACCCCCUCCUUUUUUCCUCACUACUUGGGGUUGCAAUUAAGUACAGUUGAUUAAGUUCACUGGUAAAACUGCACAAGUUUUUGUUUAAAGUGACUGCCGCAUGAAUCCUCACACUGUCGUUUUUAGAGUUUUCAUUCUGUUUUAACUUUCCCUUAACACACACAUUUCUUACACCACCCCCAUCUAGUGGUAUUUCUCUAAUUAGCCACACAAUUCUACUUGACACUUAAAACAUAUUUGUCUUUCUUUAUUACAGAUCACUUUAGCAAAUGUAUGAUAAGCACCAUGCUAUAAAUGAUAUUGGUCUGUCCUGUAAACAGUUGCUCCCUAGUCAGCAGUUGGAUAAGAACUGAAAUUCUGCUUUAUCUGCAAAUACUACUGAAAGGAAGGUUGACUUUUCUGUUGUAAAUCUAUGGGAAGGUCAUAAAGUACAUGUUGUGUAGAGUUGCCUCACUAGUGUGCUAUCUGGUGCUUCUCCUAAGCAUUAAUUGCAAACUCUGAAUGUCCAUAAUGUUUCCUCCACAGGCAUUCAGGUGCAGGGCUUUUACUGUGUCACUGAAGACCAAGUGGAGCUUGUGUGUCUUACUACUUUUGUUUACGGCUGUCUUGGGUGCUGACAAUGGAGUUGAAAUUAUGACAAGGUCUUCCGUGUAGAUGUUUACAUUUUAUAGCAUCUCUAAUACACGUAGUGUGGAACUCCUUAUGAGAGACACUAGUUUUAGGCCAAACCCACUUAAUCAGUGGAGCAUAAUUGUCCCUAACUGGACAAACAUCUGUGUUGUAAGUAGACAUGCAUAAGUUAGAUUCAGAAUUGGUUGGCUGAGUAAGGUUUUGCCAACAUUUACUUACAGUAAAUGCCCCGUUUAAUUUCGACAACUUUUUUUGGCAGCACCUGUUUAGUUUCUAGAGUGUAUUGCCAAGUAAGAAGAAAGAGGCCAUAGAUGUUAAAUGCACAGUUCUCCACUAUCACCAGAAGUAAGAGAUUACCUUGUGAUGUCUGUUGUUGGUGUAGAGGUUGCUUGCUUGCUUUUCUUUUUACGUCUAAUGUAGAAUAACCACCCUUCAUGACAUUUCCACUUAUGCCAUUUUCAAACAGCACUUCUAAAAGUGCCUUUGGAUUGCACAUACCUGUUUUUGGACUUGAGAGUGGUGCUUUUGAUAUCAUAUCCUAGUGAGGAGAUUUUAAAUAUAUCUGCAUGUAUGAAUUUGUAUUUUUCAUCUGGAAGUAUUGGGGAGAACCUUUGUGCAUGGUCUUCUAGCCAUGUCUAACUAAGACAAAAAAAGAAGUAGCACAGAGUCUUUUGCAAUUGGCCAUUUAAAGUUUGGGAACAAUGGCAGUCUAUGUCUGUUAAGGCUAAGCUUUUCUACCUUUAAAUGCACAUUGCAUCAUAUUUUUUUUCUAGAUGGCAGUUUGCUGUGAAAGCAGCAACAGUAAAAGCAUUGAAAAGCUGCUUUUAAUUUAGAAAUGAGAAGGGUACAGUAUUUAAUAUGGCAAUCCCCAAACCAAAGUAUUUAUAAAAAUACCUACUUACUGAGCCAAGUGACAUACAUGUUUGGUUUUACAUUUUAUUUUUAUUUUUUUUUUUUUAUAAAUAAAAUGAGGAAUUGGGAACAAAGGGGGUGAAAGCACAUGGUUAAUGGAGAAAACCUAGUGUGCUGGAAGAGGUGCUUGUGUUGACUGAACAUAACUUAAAUAUUUAAAAGAAAAAAAGUCUUUUAACAUACUGAAUUGUGAUGUUGAUUAAUGAUGUUCUUAUGUCUUGUGCUUUUUAAACUGAGCUAUACUUCAAAACCAUUUUAUAUAUAUAUAUAUAUAUAUAUAUAUAUAUAUAUAUAUAUAUAUAUAUAUAUAUAUAUAUAUAUAUAUAUAUAUAUAUAUAUAUAAUAUCUCACUCACCUCCAAGGUUCUGGUGGUUUUUCCUGUGUAAAAGCCUUAGCUGGAAAAUGUGACUGCUCAUUUAUUUAAUCACUAAAUACAGAUGCAAAUCUAAACAAUUGUAAAAUGAAAAAAAAAACAAAAAACAAAGGAUCAUCUGGAAAAUUUGCAAACCACACCUGUUAACUUUCAUUUAUUUAGAAAUGCCACUUUAGUUAUAUGGCAUUUUUUAAUACAAAACAAAUCCAAUAAAGAAAAUGUGUACAGACCUUGGCCAUAAUUAAGUUUGCAUGGACAUCAGAUGCCUUAAUAUCGGCUUGUUUCCCCGAAAUUCCUUAAUAUACCGAGUAACAGAGUUUCCUUUUUGGUUCGAUUUAAAUUUCCAGCAGGUGGCAGCAUUGUACAAAAAUGCUUCAGUCUCUCCUGGGUCUGUUUUGGAAUUGGAAAUGUGGCUGGUUUGCUGAAUUUUUAAGAUGGUCCUGCUCACCCCAAGCCUAUUUAGGGGAUAUUGGAAGGGAUGUUUUUGAUAUUUUUUUAAGAGUAUGUCACUGGAACUUUUUCUAACAGAUUAUAAAAUGAAUUAAGUACCUAAUAAAGGAAAGAAGAGACUGAAGAUUGUAAUGUGUUUGUGCCAACAAAUAAACACCAGUGUUUCUCAAAACUAAAAA